AUGGCAUUGCUUCUGCAUAGUUUUCCUUGGUUGUGUGGAGCGUAUGGGCUGGUUGGUCGAAACAAAAAGAUCCCUCGUCCACAUUUGUACCUCACAGUUAAAAGAGGAGUGAAGAGAUCGUUUGUACGACGUGAACUUGAAGAGAAAUUCAAAUGUGACGACGCUAAGGAACACUUUGAACUCCUUCGAGAACCUGAAAGAAAACUAAAAAUUAAAUAUUUGGGUUUUCGUUUAAGUAAAUUGAGAUGUAAAUCAUCUUCUGUCUCACCAGCACCUGGUGGUGGUGUAUUAGCUUGCAGUAACCCCAGUUAUACCAAUAAAAACCCUUUACGAGUACCUGAAGAAAACGAGAAAGUUGAUGUACCUCAGGUCCAGGGAACUGGGACUUUAACCGUGUUUUGUGCCCUCAAUAGACAACGUUAUGCACUCACCUGCUUUCAUGUUGGUUGUGCAACUGAUGAAAACCGUUUAAACGCCGCAUUCAAUAAAGUAGAAGAUUUUCAGAAGAUGCACAAUUCACUUCCAGCUUAUGAAAGUUAUGCAAAGAAACAGCAAUAUUAUUUUACACAAGGCAAUACAGAGAACGACAAUGUCCACAUCUUAUUUGGAGACGAUGGAACGGACUGCUCGCGUCUUGGUGGCCCGUUUGACAAUUAUUAUUUUGACAACGAAUGUGACAUUUUGUCUCUAAAAGUUUUGGAUGGCGUUAAAAUUGAUUGCACAAUAGCGGAUGCAACUUCACCUGAUUGGGAUAGUAUAUGGGAUGAAUUGUAUGAGAGUGAUAGUAAUCCAGUGGAAGUGGAGAAAACCGGUUUUUCGUCGGCGUUAACCCGUGGCUGUAUUGUUCCUUGUGAUUUUAGUUACAGCCAAGAACAGGAGCCAUUAUUCCAGGAUGCAUUCGCCGUUAAGGGAUGUAGUGGUCCAUUCUUGGAAGGCGGUGACUCAGGUUCUCUCGUUUUCUUUCAUGACAAGAAUAACCAGAAACAGGUGUUUGCCUAUGGGGUUUGCGAAGUGGAUGAGCUUCUCUUACCUGAACCGCACGAGUCAGCGAGUUCUUGCAGUUUUGAUGAAGACGAGCCUGACUAG